AUGCUUCCUACUGGUGCCCAAGGUUCUCAACCAGAUAUCGAAAAUACAUCAACCUCUUCGACCGGUCGAAGAGAAGAUCAAUUUGCUACCUCGGCCAAUAUGUCUGGUCAUUCAGGUGCAGCCAUGGAAAGCGGAUACGACCGUACCCAUAAUAGUCAUGGUCAUAGACGCGAAUAUGAUCAUGAGCCUGGACAACCUCAUAACCCAUUUAAACACCCUCAUGAUUCCUGUGAGGCCGAACCUGGAUUGAUCGAAUCGACCGAUUUGGCUCCUUUAAACCAUGAAGUUGUUGCUGCUGAUCACCCAAUGAACAAAGGUCAACAACAAUCGCAAACUUCCCGAAUGAGCAAGAACAUGUAA